AUGCUUAAAUUAUAGGAAAAGAGAAAACUUAUGGAAAUUUUAAAUAAUCCAACUUCUUAAAUUAAUAGACCAUCAUAAAGUAAAUCAAAAUCUAAUACUUAACCUAUUGAAUAGUUAGUCUUUAAUAGAAGUUUGUUAAGAGUCUAUGGAUAUUAAAAAUGCUAAAUUUAAUAGAGAAAUAGGAAAAAAUUUAAUUUGAAAUAGUUAGAAAUAACAUAAGUCAAUGAGAAUAAUAAAUAAGUUGUAGAAAUGUUAAAAAGAGAUUAUUCAACCAAAUCCAAUGUUGAUAAAUAAUCAUCUUUCAAAAAAGAACAGUUAGAAAAAAGAUGUAAUACUACUACUAAUAACAGAUUCUAUUAAUUUAAUGUUAUGAUAAAAGGAAGGAGAAACACAAACAUUUCAAGAGUUGUUGAAGAAUAAAAUGAUAGCCAAAAAUAAAGAUAUUAGAUGCUACAUCUUAAUUUUAUUAAAACUUAAAAAUAAUAUUAGAAUAUAUAUGGAAUACCUUUAUCUGAAUUUCUAUUAGAGCAUAAGUUUUUAACUUUAAUACAUUAAUAGAUAUUAAUAAUAUUAUUGAUGACAUUUUAAAUAGAUUGUACUAAUAUUUAUGAAGUAAUAACUUAUAAAUAAUAUAAACUCUUUAAAUAAGUUAUAAUUUGGAAAGAUUUAUCCAUUAUUGAUUUAGUAGAUAAAAUUUCAUCAAUUUUUGAGAAUGCUUCUGGAGGUGAUUUACUUAAUAUUAUUCAUUUAAUUCCUUAAAUAUAACCUUAUAAAUAUAAUGGUAAAUAAAAAUUAACAAGAGAUAUGCAUAUAUUAAAUUAAACUGUUUAAGAUUUAGAAUAUAAAAUUAUAGAACAUGUUUUAUAAUAAGGAAAUUUAAAUAUUCUAAUUGAUAUUACAAAAUUAAAAUAACUAUUUUAUAAUUAAAUUAUUAAUAUUAAUACAUUUAUUGACUUAUUAUCUGGAUAAUUUUGA